AUGAACCGGCUUUUUGGAACGAAGAGCACGGCUCCAAAGCCGACACUGGAGGGAGCCAUUACGAGUGUCGACUCUCGCAUAUCAAGUAUAGACGUCAAACUAGCCGCUCUAAACUCUGAGCUCACGGCCUACCAGACGAAGAUGUCAAAGAUGCGUGACGGGCCUGGCAAAAGCGCUCUCAGACAGAAAGCACUGAAAGUUCUACAGCAGCGGAAACGAUACGAAGGCCAGCGUGACCAGUUAUCGCAGCAGUCGUGGAACAUGGAACAGGCUGGGAUGAUGCAGGAUAACCUACGCAAUGUCAUGACGACCGUCGACGCGAUGAAGACUACAACUAAGUCUCUAAAGCAGCAGUACGGGAAGGUGGACAUCGACCAGAUCGAGCGCAUGCAGGAUGAGAUGCAGGACCUGAUGGACAUCGGGAACGAGAUCCAGGACAGCAUCAGCCGGGCGUAUGAUGUGCCCGAGGACGUCGACGAAGCAGAUCUAGACGCCGAGCUGGAGGCGCUUGGCGAGGAGGCGAUGUUCGAACAAGCAAUGGGCGGAGAGGAGGCGAUUCCAUCCUUUAUGCAGGAUGAGGUCGGUCCUCCACAGUUUAUCGACGAGCCGCCGGAGCAGAAUAAGGUGAAGGAGGUCGCUGGUGGCUGA